GCGGGUUCUGUGUUUUUUAAUAGGAAUGCGAAUAUUAUGAAAUUGAACAAUAUCACCGUUGUCGUAGUACUUGUGAUCGUCUGGCAAUGCAUCGCAGAGCACACAGAAAGUACCACCUAUGGAGAGUUAAUUAGAAAAUCCUUAUCAAAGAAAAAAGCAACAUCCGCUGGGUAUAUCGUACCGUUUCAUGACGAACAAAUAUUAGCCACAAGCAACCCUUCAGAAUUAUCGCAGCAAUAUGGUUACGAAGAAACAAUAUUACAAGAUAGAUUAACAAAUACAACUAUAAAAUCGAAAGCUAACCCGGUUGAUAAAUCUCCGCUACCGUUGCAGCCGUUCCGUGAAGAUUUUGAUGGUGUUGAUUCAAGUAAACCAAAGCAAAUAAAACGAAAUACACAAACAUCAGAAUUCAAGCUUUUAGUAUUACAAGACAACUUAGACAAACCAUUUGCACAUUCAAAACAAACUACAUCAGGAAAAAUUUCGAGCAACUUCAGAAUUGCUAGAGAAUCAUCUAGAUUCAAUACUCCAUAUUCUUUUAUACCAAGUAAACAGCAUUUGCCAUUGAGCAAAAUAAAUUCUAAGUUACCGCUACCUGUUAAAACUAAGUCCACACAAGCAAAAAACGUUUCUCAAAUACAGGGAUUCAGCUCACCAAUUAUCGCCCCGCUAGGGUUGCUAACGCCAGCUAGAAGUUACUUAGCUCCUAAUUUUACUACUAAGCUCCCAAAUGUGUUAUAUACUUCUACACAAAGUCGAGCAUAUUUGCCACCAAGAAUCCCUCAGAAACAAAAACACACUUCUAAACCUUCACUCCUAUCUCCAACGCCAUUUUAUUCAGCUUCUAGUAAAGUGCACUCACCCCCACUAAAUUUAUCGACUUAUAAAUCGUCACCAGUACCGAGUAGAAGUGAAUAUACAAAUACACUACCAAAAUUUGUAACCAAGCCAACACCAAUUUUAUUGUCGAGAACAUUAAAUUUAAAUAUUAGUUCAGCAUCAAUUCCUAAACGCCCGACGAUACCGCAACCUUUAGAGUCAAAAUCAGCAAACCUAAACUCUAUAUCAACAACUGCCACAAAUUUUACUUUGCCGUUAUCUGUAAUUUCUCGAAUUUCUUCGACUCCUGGUAAUUUGCAUUUACCACCCCUAAAUUUUUCAACCUCAAAGGUUCCCAAAAAACAGUCCACUUUCCCGCCGAAAUUAACUACCUCAAGACCGAUAACAUCAACUCCUAAAACUAGUAAUGCAUUUUUACCACUACUUAAGUUGCCAACUCCUAAACCGCAAACAAUAUUUAUUAGAAGCAAACAGACAACCUCACCAGCAUCCUCUAAAAGUUCAACUUUAUUGCCUGGCUUCUAUUCUACUCCUAGUAAUGCGUAUUUACCCCCAGUGAAGUGGUUAGCUCCAAAAUCGUUAACAAUAUUUACUACAAGCGAACACCCCACUACACCUUCACCUCUUAUAAAUCCCAUAGUUUCAACCAUACUGCCAAGUGCGUUAUAUUCUACUCCUGGUAAUGAAUAUUUACCACCACUGAAGUUGUCAACUCAUAAAUCUGCAACGAUAUUUACCACAACCGAACGUACAACUACCGUCACACCUUCUACAACUUCCAAAGCUUCAACUCUACAUCCCACUGCAUUAUACUCUAUUCCUGGUAAGACAUAUAUACCACCAUUAAACUUGUCAUUCGGUAAAUCGUCAUCCGGAUUGGUAACUACAAGAAAACACACAGCUCAUACAACCCCUACAUUUACCACAUCCAAAAGUUCACAUUUAUUGCCUGGCAUCUAUUCUACUCCUGGUAAUACAUAUUUACCACCACUGAAGUUGUCAAAUCGCAAAUCGUCCACGAUAGUUACUACAAACGAACACACAACUACACCCGCAACUUUUACAAAUUCCAAAGCUUCAACCAAAUUGUCAACUGCGUUAUAUUCUCCUUCUGGUAAGGUAUAUUUACCACCUUUAAAUUUAUCAUCCCUUAAAUCGUCGUUCAUGUUGGCAACUACAAGAAAACACACAACUUCUACAACACCUACACCUACCACCUCAAAAAAUUCAACUCUAUUUCCUGGCUUCUAUUCUACUCCCGGUAAAGCUUAUUUACCACCACUGAUGUGGUCAACUCCAAAAUCGUCAACGAUAUUUACUACAAGCCAACACCCAACUACACCUGAACCUUUCACAAAUUCCAAAGCUUCAACCAUACUGCCAAAUGUGUUAUAUUCUACUCCUGGCAGUGAAUAUUUACCACCACUGAUGUUGUCCACUCCUAAAUCCUCAACGAUAUUUACUUCAAGCGAACGCACAACUACCGCCGCACCUUCCGCAACUUCCAAAGCUUCAACUCUUCUGCCAACUACGUUAUAUUCUACUUCUGGUAAGGUAUAUUUACCACCAUUAAACUUAUCAUUCCCUAAAUCAUCAUCCGUAUUGAUACCUACAAGAAAAUACACAGCUCAUACAACACCUACAUCUAACACCUCUAAAAGUUCUUUAUUGCCUGGCUUCUAUUCUACUUCUGGUAAUGCAUAUUUACCACCAGUUAAGUGUUCAACUCCUAAAUCGUCAACGAUAUUUACUACAAGCCAACACUCAACAACACCCGAACCUUUCACAAAUUCCAGUAAGGUAUCUUUACCACCAUUAAAUUCAUCAUCCCCUAAAUCGUCGUCCUUGUUGGCAACUACAAGAAAACAUACAACUCCUUCAAGACCUACACCUACCACGUCAAAAAGUUCAACCUUAUUGCCUGCCUUCUAUUCUACUCCUGGUAAAGCAUAUUUACCACCACUGAAGUUGUCGAUUACUAAAUCCUCAACGAUAUUUACUACAAGCGAACACACAACUACUCCCACAACUUUUACAAAUUCCAAGACUUCAACCAUACUGCCAACUGCUUUAUAUUCUACUUUUGGUAAGACACCUUUACCGCCAUAAAACUUAUCAUUCCCUAAAUCGCCAUCCCUGUUGGUAACUGCAAGAAAAUACACAACCCUUACAACACCUACAUAUAUCGCAUCUAAGAGUUCAACUUUAUUGCCUGCUUUCUAUUCCACUCCUGGGAAAGCGUAUUUCCCAUCAUUAAAGUUGUCAACCCUCAAAUCUCCAACAAGAAGCGAAUACGCAACUACACUAGCACCUUUAACAACUUCUACUCUGACGUCAACAACCCUGCCACGGAUGUCGACAAUUCCUAGAGCUUCAAUUUUAGUUUCUGUACCUUCUAUAAUUUCUUCUACUUCUGGUAAUAUGUAUUUGCCACCACUUGAGUUGUCUACCCCCAAAUCGCCUAAGAUAUUGAAUAAAACCGAACACACAACUACACCGAUACCUGAAUUUACAAUUUCCGAAAAUACAACUUUAUCGACAUUUUAUUCUACCCCUGGUACGGAGUAUUUACCACCUCUAAACUUAUCAAUCCCCAAAUUCUUAAACAUACUGCCAACUUCCGAGACACACCCAACCUUAGGGUCAGAAUAUUCAACUUUGCCAACAGCAGAGAUAACUAAAACUGUUCCGACUACACUACCAGAUACCACUAUAGCAUCGGUAGAAACUGAUUCAAAUUUUUCAACCGUUGACAUUGAUAGUUCAAGUUCUAAUUCCGAUUCUACCUAUCUAUCACCGUUUAGGUCACCUUCUCUCAGGGCAGUGCAGGAACUUUCGCUUGGUUCAUUGCACGAACCCAUCGAAGCAUCAAAUUAUUUUAAUCUUUCGUCCACCGCAUUAAAUUUGACAAAUGUUCUGCUUCCUCCUCGAUAAAUCCAAUUGCUCUAGGGCAUAUGGAUAUGUUAACAAUAAUCUUUUUGAAUGGUUGGUCAGAUAAUAAUGUUGGUUACAUGGGUGGGCAUUUUUUUGCGAUUAUUUUUGUACAAUUAAAAUUAACGUAGUGUUGACCAACUUGAAAAUGUGAUUUUUUGUGAUUAGAGUUAACUAUUUUGGCGGUUGCCAUAAUAAUAAUAUAAAUUAGGUCUAAUAAUUCUUGAUGAUUGAGAAGGAGCUUUAUAUUUUAAUUGGU